GGUAGCUGUCGAUCCUGCCAAGACGGAGGCGGUGCAAGCAUGGCCGGAACCAGUCAAUGUCAGAGAGGUACGUUGGGAACUGAUCCUGUUGAAGAUGAGCUGGGGACACAGUUACUGGAGGAAACAGACCUUGUGAGGUCCUUCGCACCCGAGCAGCCUCCGAGACAGCCGUCCAGGUCCUUCGCACCCGAGCAGCCUCCGAGACAGCCGUCCAGGUCCUUCGCACCUGAGCAGCCUCCGAGACAGCCGUCCAGGUCCUUCGCACCCGAGCAGCCUCCGAGACAGCCGUCCAGGUCCUUCGCACCCGAGCAGCCUCCGAGACAGCCGUCCAGGUCCUUCGCACCCGAGCAGCCUCCGAGACAGCCGUCCAGGUCCUUCGCACCCGAGCAGCCUCCGAGACAGCCGUCCAGGUCCUUCGCACCCGAGCAGCCUCCGAGACAGCCGUCCAGGUCCUUCGCACCCGAGCAGCCGCCGAGACAGCCGCCCAGAUCCUUCGCACCCGAGCUUCCGAGGCCCCCGUCCGGGCCCUCCGAACCUGAACAUUGGCAAUCGUUGCCCAAGUCUCAGGUAGAUGGGCAGCAACAAACUGGGAGCCCUAGAGUUCCUGUAUCAUGGUGGCUACAAGCACAGCGCCAUCAUUCACAGGGGAUGGUCCCCAAUAGUGCUGAACAGACAGUUACGUUUGGAACUGCAGAAACAGGACAGCGAAUCGAGCCGGUUAGGCCAGUAGCACAACAGCCACCUCGAGAGCAGCGUCCGACACGUGAACGUCGUCCACCAAAACAUUUUAAAGAUUAUGUCUGUAAUGCAGUUUUUUUUUCGGGCAUGGGGACAUGCCUCUGCCGAAAGGAGGAGGUAGUGUAGUGAACUGAGGGGGCGGGGAAAUGAGUGAACACGUGUUGAAAAAAUACUGGCAAUAUAAGGAACACCUAAGGGGUCCUCAACGGGGGGCACGGCCAGGUAGACGUGAGAGGAAGCGCGUGCUGCCGGAUGAGACGCUGGUGUGGCGUGCUCUGGGAGAGAGCACUGAACUCUGUUUGCCUCGGCGUGAACCAAGGAGAAGACUGAACUUUUAUGGGACUUUGAUGAACUACAGCGAGUGUGCGCUCCGGACUCUGUAUCUAUCGCAUCUGAACGCAAGUGUUUAUCACUCCCUCUCUAUCUCUCUCUCUCUUACUCCUGUUUGAGCUCUGGCCAUUGUUACUCUAACUCACUAUUAUUUUAGGAUCAUUCUGACUGGUCUAGUUAUUGUAGUUUCUCGUGUGUUUAUGCGUAUGUCUUUUUAGCUCUUCAGCCGUGUGUUAUUUAUUCUGAGGAUAAACUAGGUACGAUUGCUGUGUUUCUCUGAUUGUGUGGUAUUAGUGAGUUAUUUGAUGAAAGAUACGUGUGAGUUUGUACUAGAGUGGGUUUAUUUCACAGUGUGUAGUUUCUAAGUAACCCGUUACAUUUCUAUGUGAAUUAAUUAACGGUGCUUCUCUGAUCGUGUAAUAUUAGUGAUUGACACGUGUGAGUCUGUACUAGAGUGGGUUUAUUUCACAGUGUGUAGUUUUUAAGUAACCUGUUACCCUUCUAUGUGAAUGAAUGAACUACAUGGGCUGAGUACUUUUUAAAUAAGUCUAUUUUUAUAUUGGUCAUAUAUAGGAGGGUUUAUUUUUGUAUAGCUAUUUUAUAAUUGUGUCUAAUAAAAUAAUUGAACGUCA